AGAAGAAGUGAGUGAGAGAGAGAGAGAGAGCAUAGGAGAGCGACCAAGAACGAAGAGAGAGAAAGAGAGGAGAGAGAGAGAGACAGAGACAGAGACAGGGGAGCGUAGGAUUAGCAGCGAUCGAGGGACGCAAUCUAGUGAAGGCAGCUCCCCCCGCAGAUCAAAGGGCCCUCCCGACACGAAGCUCGUCAGCAAUUCGUCCUUCCCCCGCCCGCGCGACGACGGAACUCGGGUUUUCGGAGCGAACAUCGGCCAGCUGGGUGUCCGAAGCUCUGCGCGCGCGCGUGCCCAAGAUUCGGCUCCGCCAUUGCUCCCGUCGGGCACCGCCCGCCCUCUUGAAAUCCCCCGCCGGCUUCGCGGGUCGGAGUUUCGAAUCAAUCUGCGGACACCCUUUUGCGCGUACGCUCUUCCUCCCUCGCUCGCGUCCUCCAUUGUGCUCGCUCUGUGCGAUUGGGUGGGUUCUUUCGUUCGUUGGGGGCUUUCUGCUCUGUUUCUUGCUUGGGAUUUCCCGGGCUUUCCGAUCUCUCGUGCUGGACUUUGAUUCGAAGGUCUGGAACAGAGACGGAGCACCGCCAUUGGAUGAUUCAAAAUUUAGGGUUUCUGAUUCUUGCGGUCGGGUGGCGUGGCUUGAUUUGAAGUGGCCGAAUGUGCCGGAACCUGCUUCGCUCGCGAGGUUUUUCUGUCUUUUGUUGAAGAUAUGAGACUUGGUUUUGCUCCGUGUUGUUCCUGGGUUGGUCGAUUCUGUGUUCUUUGGAAACUUAAGUAUCACUUGUGAGUUUGUUAUUGGGAAUUCGGGAUCAUGAUACGUAGUGGAGAGUCUUUGCGCGCCCCUUUUUCCCUGACAAGUUCCAGUCGGUCGUUCUUGCAAUGAGUGGUCUUCAGAUGAGAGAAUUUUGGGUUUCUGGGAGGUGGCGAGAACUUUGAUUUUGACUUUGAUUGGGUGCUGCAUUUACUCAAAAGUGCUUCUUGGAUAACUCCAUUUCGAAGAAAUGCAACUGCAGCAGAGCUCGAGAAUCGAUCUAGUUGACCUGAAAGCUCAAAUAGUCAAGAGGUUAGGAGUAGAGAGGUCAAAACUGUACUUUUAUCAUUUGGAUAGGUUUUUGAGCCAGAAGCUGAACAAAGUUGAGUUUGACAAGCUAUGCUGUCGGGUGCUUGGGAGAGAGAAUCUUUCACUUCACAAUCAAUUGAUACGGUCGAUACUGAAGAACGCAUUCCAAGCCAAAAUUCCACCUCCAUCCAUUUCUCCAGAUCCAAAAAGUUCACUUAGGAGAGAAGAUGGACAUGAGCAAAGUUUGUCGGUCAUCCCGAAUCAAAAUCCAAAUGUUUCUGUGUGGUCUAAUGGUGUCCUUCCUCUGUCCCCUAGAAAGGUUAGGUCUGGAAUCCGUGAUCGCAAAUUCAAGGAUCGGCCAAGUCCUUUGGGACCAAAUGGCAAAGUGGAUUGCUUGUCUCAUUCUGCAGGUAUUGAAGAGAGUGGUAGGAAGGUUGUCAGGGAGAAUGGUGAGUUGACCCCGCGAGAUUACCAGAGACCAUUGCAGCAUAUUCGGUCAGUUACUCGGCCUCCUGAGGAUGAAACGGAAGGAUCAAUUCAGCAACCAAUAAAUAAAUAUAGGGUACACGGCAAAGAUCAGACACUUGUUCCUGUUCUUGAAGAAAGGGAAGAUGUGGAGCAGGUACACAUUUUAGAUUCUGCAAGAAAUCCUCUGGUUGCCCCCCUUGGUAUCCCAUUCUGCUCUCCUAGUAUAGGUGGCGGCACUAGAAGUUUUCCUGUGGGAAGCAAUGGUGAUUAUGCUAGCUGUUACGAUUAUGGUCAGCUGUUCGACUCAGAAACACUGAAGAAACGAAUAGAGCAGAUUGCAGCAGGUCAGGGAAUUGGAGGGGUCUCACAAGAUUGUGCGAAUAUCUUGAACAGUUCUUUAGAUGUAUACUUGAAACAGUUGAUCAGGUCUUGUGUUGAGUUGGUUGGAGCAAGGUCCGGAAAUCCAAAAGGGCAUCCUCUUCAGAAGCUGCAGGUACCAGGAAGGGUCAGCAUGGGCAUGUCCCAAUCAAAAAAUCACUUGGCUACACGAGGUAGUAGCUCUGUAGUAGGAGGCAUGCAGGAAGAGAGUUCGCCAAGCUCUAUAUCCUUGCUUGAUUUCAAGACUGCAAUGGAGUUAAACCCACAGCAACUUGGAGAAGACUGGCCAUUGCUGCUUGAAAAAAUUUCCAUGCGUUCAUAUGAGGAAUGAGAUGAGAUGGUCUUUGUCAAUAUAUUCUUCUUAGACAGUCCAUUGCGCUCAAUAGAAGUCUUCAGAAAAGUGGCUGUGUUCUGAUCCCUCGUUCUUGGUCUUAUCAAGUACGUGCCUAUGUUUCAAUCUGCAUUUGCCUGCUGCAGUGAAUGGGGGAAGUCAGAAUUAAGUGACAGAGGUGCUUCAUUGAAGAUCCCUUUGUUAAUUGCUCUGUCAAACGUUUUGCGUUGUGGUUGGCUCGUUUGCUUAGUCAGUGCAGAGCUCCUGCUCUCCCGCAACGCAUUGUCCAUGAGAAUGAAUUCUAAGGAUCUUCGAGGUUUAUCUUGCAUUGAUUUAUAAAGGAUUUAGAUCAUUGUGAAGAUAACCUGGAUCAACCAAGGGUUGGAGACUCCAGAUUAUUUAAAUACUUUGCAAAGAUGGAGAAUGUAUCAUCAAGGGGUUGCCAUUCGUCUGGCAGUGUUCAUUUGAAAAGCAAUUGCUCUAUCAGUAUCGUGAAUGUGCAAAAGUGAAGGCGUUAAAGCAUUGAUUUCAUGAGGAGAUCAAAUAGUGUGCUUUGACUAGAAAACUAUCAUUCAGGAAGAAGGGUGCAUACUGGAAAAGUGCUCCCGAUGUUACGUCAAAACUGAGCAAACAUCUCCCCAUUUGGGAGCAUGUACUAUCAUCCCUACAAUCACUUGUUUUAAAUAG